GAAGGUUCUGAAGAAACUCAACCAGAGGUUGAAGAAACCCUCAAAGAAGAGGUCACUGUUGCUCCUAAAGAACCCGAAGAGAUUCAACCAGAGGUUGCGGAAACCUUCAAAGAAGAGGUUACAAUUACCUCUGAAGAACCCGAAGAGAUUCAACCAGAGGUUGAGGAAACCUUCAAAGAAGAGGUUACAAUUACCACUGAAGGUCCUGAAGAGACUCAACCAGAGGUUGAAGAAACCUUCAAAGAAGAGGUCACUGUUGCUCCUGAAGGUCCCGAAGAGACUCAACCAGAAGUUGAAGAAACUUUCAAAGAAGAGGUUACAAUUACCUCUGAAGGUCCUGAAGAGACUCAACCAGAAGUUGAAGAAACCUUCAAAGAAGAGAUCACAAUAGUUUCUGAAGGCCCUGAAGAGAUUAAGCCUGAAGUUGAAGAAACCUCCAAAGAAGAGGUUAUAAUUACCACUGAAGGUCCUGAAGAGACUCAACCAGAGGUU